ACCAUGUGUUAUUAAUCUCAGGAAGCGGAUGUGUGUGUUUUCCCAUCAACAAUGUUUUCCUCUGUUAGGCCAUUGUUAAAUCUGGCUGGGAAAGGGAGCACAGGAGCAGGGUAGACCUGGGGGAUGCAAGUAAAGGCCGCUGUGAACGUGACGGUUUGUCAUACAGGCUGUCAAUGUUUUUAUGAGAGAACUUAGGUUCCUGUGGGUUCAGCUACUGACACCAGCACUGCAAUGAGCUUCACUGAGAAGUCAGGAAAGUCUUGGAUUGCGGAAACUUUCUUCAAGAGAGAGUGUGUGAAGUUUAUCCCUUCCUCUCGAGAGCUACACAGAUGUGUUCCAGUAUGCCAAGUAUGCCAAAACCUAAUCAGAUGUUGCUGUGGUCGCCUGAUCGGGGAGCAUUCGUCUCAAGAGUCCCUUCCUCCCAUAUCCCAUUGUCCUGGUCCUGGACAGGAUGUGGAAAAUGGCUGGUCUAUCAAGCUCCACACCAAAGCCAGUCCAACCAAUGCUUAUGGGACCAUAGACUUUCAGGAUACUGCCACACGUGUCUGUCGGGCUAAGUAUGUGCGUCUGGCUGUGGACUCAAAGCCAGAGCUGCUGCUUCAACUCAUGUUGAGGGAGUGGCAGAUGGAGAGACCCAAGCUGCUAUUGAUUGUCCAGGGAGGCACGGAAAACUUCAGCCUGCCCCCUAAAGUCAAGGAGGCCUUCAGCAAAGGCUUGAUCACAGCUGCCCGCAGCACAGGGGCCUGGAUACUCACUGAUGGCAUUAAUACAGGUGUGUCUAAGUAUGUCGGCGAGGCCGUGAAAAUGUUUGGGGGCCAUGACUUGAGGAAGAGAAAUACAGUCGGCGUCACACCGUGGGGAACGAUCGACAACACGGACCUUAUAGGCAGAGAUGUGUUCAGGCCCUACCAGCCAGUGGGGAACCCUUUGAGCAAGAGGGCCUGUCUCAAUGGUUUCCACUCCCACUUUCUACUGGUGGAUGAUGGAACGCUGGGAAAACAUGGCUGCCAGCAAGGCCUCAGAAGGAAGCUGGAGAAGCACAUCCAGCUUCAGAAGAUACACCCUCGGCUAAACCAAGGAGUACCUGUGGUGUGUGUGGUGGUGGAGGGAGGUCCUGCCAUUUUGUCCACAGUGUUGGACUAUGUUAGCAGUGUGCCUCCUGUGCCAGUGUUUGUGUUUGAAGGAUCAGGCAGAGCUGCUGACCUGCUUGCCUUCUUACACAAGCAGACUGCUGUCGACAAACAUUUGGAUGCAGACAUUAAAGAGGACUUCCUUGUCAGAAUUGGAGAUGUGUUUGGAAUAGAGAGAGCCGAAGCCUUUCAGCUUUACAGUCUCCUCCUGCAAUGCAUGGAUCACAGAGAGUCUAUAACCAUUUUUGAUUCUGAGUCAGAGGACCACAUGGCACCAGAUGCAGCCAUUUUGACCACUACACUCAAGGGCACCAAGGCCAGUCCUGCCGAGCAGCUGAGCAUGGCUCUGGCCUGGGACAGGGUGGACAUUGCUCAGAAAGACAUCCUGGUGUAUGGGCAGCACUGGCAGGUGGGUUCCUUGGAGCAAGCCAUGCUGGAUGCCCUGGUGAUGGACCGCGUCAGUUUUGUCAAACUGCUGAUUGAUAACGGCAUGACCAUGAGCCGCUUUCUCACCGUGGAUCGCCUCGAGGAACUCUACAACACGCCCCAGGGGCAGACCGACCGUUUCCUGCACCAUCUCAUUGAAGAUGCGAAACAAACUUCUCUUCCCAUAGGUUACCGUCCUUCUCUCAUUGACAUGGGCCUGGUGAUAGAGUACCUGAUAGGAGGAGCGUACAGCAGCACCUACACACGGAAACACUUCAGAGCUGCCUACAGGACAAAGAACAAACAGGGUAGAGGAGACAUUUCCACCUCCCUGUCUAAACAGAGACAGGAAUUCAUGCCCAACUCUGAGAGUGGCAGGAGUCAUGGCAGGAGUCUCCAUUUCUUUAGAACUGCUCAGCCCUACAAACACAAGGAACAAAACGUGUCAGCCAGGAAAAGUCAAGAGAUGACACUAACCCCUGGUCUUCUUGAUGCUCCACUGCUCGUUCCCUUCAACUUCAAUGACCUGUUUGUGUGGGCCGUACUACAGCAGCGACAGCAGAUGGCAUUGUUCCUGUGGCAGCAUGGUGAGGAAGCACUGGCACGUGCCACAGUGGGCUGUAAGCUUUACCGAUCCAUGGCUUUCGAAGCAAGGCAGAGCAAUAUGGAUGACAAUAUUGCAGAGAGAUUAAAGGCAUAUUCAAUUGAGUUUGGUCAGCUGGCGGUGGAUGUGUUAGACUAUGCAUUUCGUCAGAACGAGCAGAUGGCCAUGAAGCUGCUGACGUCAGAGAUGGAAGCGUGGAGCCACUUCACCUGUUUGCAGAUGGCUGUCUCCUCGUCUCACCGACCAUUUGUCUCACACUCCUGCACUCAGACCCUCCUCACAGAUCUGUGGACUGGGCCGCUCAACAUGAGAAAAAACUCCUUUCUGAAGAUCAUAUUAAGCCUUCUGCUGCCCCCUGCCAUCUUGCUACUGGAGUUUAAAAGUAAAGCUGAAAUGUGCCAUGUACCGCAAUCCCAUGAGGCGAUGUUGUUUGGGCAUGACUCUGUGAAGUCAGUACCAGCCCAUGAGGGAACUGGUCACAAGGUUAGUCAGGAUGUAGAGCGUGGCCUGCCUUCCUAUGAAAAAACAUCUCCUGGUCCUGUGUCAAAAACUCUGUCUCCUGGGAUCGAGCAGUGGCUGUCCUGCAUUACAAAACUCUACGAAUUCUACACAGCCCCUGUUGUCAAGUUCUGGUUUCACACAAUGUCCUACUUGGCCUUUUUGAUGUUAUUCUCCUAUGUCAUCCUGGUGAAGAUGGAGGAUCAACCUAGUUGCCAAGAGUGGCUGGUCAUAGUGUACAUUUUGUCCACUGCAUUGGAGAAAACCAGAGAGGUACUAAUGUCUGAGCCGAAGAAGCUGAGCCAGAAGCUGCAGAUUUGGUUCUCAGAGUACUGGAACGUAUCGGAUUUCAUUGCCAUUCUCCUCUUCCUGGCUGCGCUGGUAAUGCGUUUGCAUGCUGAUCCCUACCACACGGCAGGACGCAUCAGUUACUGUCUGGACAUCAUCUUCUGGUUCAUCAGGGUGAUGGAUGUGCUGGCUGUCAAUCAGCAUGCUGGCCCUUACCUCACCAUGAUCACUAAGAUGACCAGUAACAUGUUCUUCAUUGUGGUGAUGAUGGCAAUAGUGCUGCUGAGCUUCGGGGUGUCCAGGAAGGCCAUCCUGUCGCCAGAUGAGGAGCCAUCCUGGAGCCUAGUUCGAGAUAUAGUCUUCCAACCAUACUGGAUGAUCUUUGGAGAGGUCUACGCAGGGGAGAUAGAUCCAUGUGCCGAUGGUAACCCAUGUCCUCCUGCUUCCUUUGUUACGCCGUUCCUCCAGGCUGUCUAUAUGUUCUUCCAGUAUAUCAUCAUGGUGAACGUUCUCAUUGCAUUUUUUAACAACAUCUACUUUGACAUGGCAUCAAAAUCUAAUAAGCUAUGGAGGUAUCACCGUUAUCGCUACAUCAUGACCUAUCAGGAGAAGCCGUGGCUGCCUCCACCCCUUAUCCUCCUCAGUCACAUGAUCCUAGGUUUGAGAGCCGUUCACAGGAGAAUUAGUGGAGAUGCUGAGCAGGGACAGAGAGACUCUGGACUUAAGCUCUACCUGGGCCUUGAGGAUUACAAGAAGCUCCAUGAGUUUGAAGAGAAAUGUGUGCAAGCCUACAUCCAUGAGAAGAGUGAGGGUCUCCACAGCAGUCAAGUGAACAGGAUCAGAGCAACAGCUGAGAGAGCAAAGGAGAUGUGCACAAUGGUGGGCGAGGUCUCUGAAAAGGUCGGCUUUAUUCAGGACAGCCUUUUGGAGUUGGACUCUCAGCUGGGUCAACUCCAGGACCUUUCAGCCUUGGCUGUGGACACCCUCACUCUGCUCUCUGCCUCUGACAGCCUACAUCAGGAGGAGGCACGCCUGGCUCAGUGUCGCCCCACCACAGUGUCCCGGCACAUCCUCCCACACAGCUGGACCCUCCCGCACAGCAGUGGAGCCGACUGUGAUGCACUUAACAUGCGUCGACUGAUGGCCAAGUCAUGUAAAAGCACCCCACCUUCUUUACUGAAGGGCUAUACUCUGGAGUGCCAUGUUGGAGCCAGGGCAAGCAGGAAAGGAAGACAAGGACACACAGAGGAGGGAGAGCAAGGAAUAAAGGAGGAUUCACAGUUUCCCGCUGUCAAUCAUCCCAGUGAGAACUGGCCAGGAGUAUCUAGAACUGCAUCCCACGCUUCCUUCUCUCAGUUUUACGGAGUUCAUCUUGGUGUUUUCAGGGAUCAGACGCCCUGUGACUCAUGUGUACCAUCUCGCUGUGGAUCCCCUCUUUCUGCCAGAGGCUUGGAGUCACCAUAUCAUAAACUCUGGACUCUGGACCUGUAUCCCAGUCAGGAGGACACAUCCAUGGAAGAGGAGGAAGAGGUAGAAGAAGAGAAGGAUGAUGAAGAAGAGGAAGACCAAGAGGAGGAAAAGACACACAAACAGCUGUCUGAUAUAGAUGUUUCCCGAGCUGCUAGCAAUGCUAUGCUUCUGUCUGGCCCUCAAGACAUCUUUGAGGGUUUGAUAAAUCCUGCCUUUUCUCAGUAUGAUAGCCCACCAGUUUCUCGGUUCAGACCUUCAAGCCAAAUGGAAAGAUCUCUGAAAUCCCUCAGGUGUGAAGGUUUGUUCAGAGACCAUCCCUAUGGCUAUUGCAGGUCUCUGUCAUCCAGCAUAGAGAAGAUGACUUUCUCUGGGGCUCCCCUCAGUCCAACGAGGGGAUCAUUUCCUUUUCUCGAUGAAGCAACGAACAGAGAGAGUUUGUCUGGUGGGAGAGGCUUCAGAGCCAAGACCUCACUAAGGUGCAGCAGCAGCACAGAGUGGUCCAAGUCUUCUGACUUCAUGCAUACCUUAGACAGCAGGGGCAAAAGCCGGAACAGGAAGACAGUGAAGAUACAAGAGAGCAAUCCAGAUACUUCCCAUUUGUCUGAUGCCUGCUGGAGAAGGCGCCGGAGGUUAAGAGGAGAGCAUACAUGUUGGUCUGCUUCAACCAGCCUCAGUCAGCUCAAUUCUGAACCCAUGGAUUUGUCACAGAAGCAAGUGUGUUCAAAUCAGGACACAUGGAGCCCUACUCAUUCAGCAUGGAACAAUUGGACCAGAUCCAUGAACCGAAGGUUUUCUGUACAGAGUAGCAUUGCCCCUGAAGCCAAGAGCCCCUGGUUCCAGUCCACUGACAGUUCAUAUCCGCACUAUUCAGCCAUGGAAAGGAACAAUCUUAUGAGACUGGCUCACACUAUCCCCUUCACUCCUGUUUCCAUUUUGGGAGGUGAAGAAGUGAGCAUUUACACCCUGGAGGAUGUGCCCUCUGAUACUGACCCUGUAUGCAGCACAGUCUCCUCCUGGUCGUCACGAGGCCUGUCUGCGAUGCUGCAAACCCUAUCCAGUGAGGAGGGCUCUCUUGAUGGGGGUCUCCGGCGGGGCUGUAGGGUGUUAUGUACAUGGGCAGAACAGGAUGUGCUCAGGCUUGGUGGGGUAUAUGUGGUCAAAGCCUUCAGGCCAGAAGUGGUUCGUGCUUGGCAGAGGUACUUCCCUGGUAGCACAGCACUGCAGCUUUGUUUAAGGGAGAUCCAGCAGCAGAGAGCAGCCCAGAAGAUGAUGCAAGUAUUCAAUCAGGUCAAACCUGAUAAUAUGCAUCAUUCACCAAGAUUUUUAGAUGUAUCACUGGUCCUCUGGCAUUCAAAUGGCCAGUGGCUGACUAUUGAGAGGAACAUGUCUGGUGACUUCAGGAAGUACAAUAACAACACAGGAGAGGAGAUCGCCCCCUGCUGUUCACUGGAAGAAAUGCUGCUAGCCUUCUCUCACUGGACCUAUGAGUAUUCAACCAGAGAGCUGCUGGUGCUUGACAUACAAGGAGUAGGAGAAGAGUUGACGGAUCCAACAGUAAUUAUGGCAGAUGACCUAAGUGGUAGCAGGGGUGAGAUGCUUUUUGGUCCUGAUAACCUUGGAGAUACUGCCAUCAACAGCUUUCUGCAGAAACACUCUUGCAGUGCUUGCUGCCACAAACUGGGCCUAGAAGAUUUAAGGAAACGUCCGGACAGCUGCGAGAAUAGCAGUGAGGCAGAGCUGUCAUCGCAGAAAGAAGAAGAAGAAGACGUUGAAAGCUGUGUGUAACCUAUGACCCAGGAAGCAGGAGGCACAUACUUUUACCAACACGAAACAUUUCUACCUGAAGACAGACUUACAAAAUUGUUCUCACAGUAUACGUUAUGGAUUAAUUUUCCAGCAUAAAAUUGCUCAAUGUCUGUUUAAAAUAAAGACAUCUAACAUCUAACAUUGUAUGUGUGAGACAUAAAAACAAGGCACAAAUAUUCCCAUAAAAUUUUUUAUUUUUUUUCUUCCCACAACAAAAUGUCUACAAAAGCAAUAAAAUAUAGAAUUUAACAAAAAUCAAUUCAGGCCUUCACAUUGUAUAUACAUCUCAAAGGAGGACUCACUUAGGCCCUGCAUAGCUCUGAACUUAAACCCAGUGUAAUCCAUCAACUGCGACAGGCUCUUUAAUGCAAAUAAAUGCAUGCACAUAUGCACACACUCUUGAAAAUGAAAAACUAUAGUAGAGCUCAUGGAUUUAUUGUAGAGUCAGAGUUCAGAGUCCAGCAGAGUCCAGUCUCACCAACUGAAAGCAUAAAAUGUAAAAAUGGUUCUUCAGAGUAAUCAAAUGCACAUUUUCCUUAGAGUUCUCCUUUUUUGAUUGGUUUCUCAAGUAAACGCACACAGUAAAGCAUCUACGCCCCACUUUGCCAGCCUUUCCUCUCCUCACUAGCUAUGGCACUUUGAAAACAAAAAAAAUCUUCUUUUUUUUUUGCAUUGUUCUGUUAGUCCUGUGUAAAAGAGGCUCUGUAGUAACUUUUACAUUUCAGUUACAGAUUGCUACAUUUAGUUAUAUUUGUUCUUGCUGGGACACAAAGACAUUCUAAACAAUAAAUUAACCAUUUUUAAUGCUACUUCAAUUGCAUGCAUGUGUAAUGCAUCAUGAAAGUUUACAAAGCACUGGUAGAGCAAACAUCACUCUCUCCGUUGCUCUCUCUCACACAGACACUCACACAGGUUUGCACAGGAAAGGGAGUAGGAGGUUUGGAGUGGAGUGUAUUUCACUAAGUGUAGGAAAUGUACUUCAGACCAAGUGUAUUAAAAAUGUCUGUUUAAUUUACCUGAGCCGUCAUGUAAAGCGACGACUGGUUGUGUUGUGCGCUCUGCGAUGUCAGUCUGUGUUGAUGGAGUGGUAAAGGCGCGUGAUGAGUUCAGCCGCUCACACUGAACAGGCUACUCCAUAACAUUCAGAAUAUUACCCUCCCCACAUUGUUCCCUCCUGCCACAGGUUAAGGGUCUCUGAUCUGGUUCAAUAAGGCCAGUUCAGAAAGGGCUGUUCACUGACUGGUUAUACCAACUCACACAUUCACAGGUUGAGAAAAAAUCAUUUAAAUACAACAAUAAAUUUUAAAUUGGUUGUGUAUAAAUAAGAGCAUUUUAUUAAAAAAAAUUCUUUCAGCUUGUGAAAAAAUUUUGCUUUGAACUGACUGAACUGAUGUGGUAUUUGUUCUGAACCCAUCACUCACUCAGUCAAUAAACUGUCCCACGAAACCCACAAUAUCAUGAGAAAACACAAGCCCCAAAUAUUUCAUUGCAAUGAAAUGUCAUGCAAAUAGAACUGAACAACAGUAGACUAAUAGAAGAAUAGUAGGCAUAAUAAGAACAAUAAUAAUAGUAAAUAGUAAUAAAAUAAAAAAUAAUCUUACAAUGCAAACAUGACAGUAGUAAAUGCCUCCAGUUAUUGCUACAGUAUCUUACUUACAGUGUUGCUUUGCCACUUGUUCUUGACAGCCCCAUCCCACCCCUCUUGAUUCACAGUCUAACAAGGGGAAAUAAGAACAUCAUACACAAAAACCUUAUAUUCAGAGUUGGAAUUCACUGUCCCAGGGGUGUUGUGAUGGCGCUUGAUUCACAGCUUACUAAGUGGACUUCCCUCACGGUCCCACUAGCAGCAAAAUAAGUAGUAAA